CGGGCAGUACCUACGUGGAACGUGGAAGUUUUUCUAAAAUCGAUACAAAACAAACAAAUAUACAACGAUUCAUUGAGCUUUUCAGUACAAAAUAUAGAAUUAUAGUGUUCAGAUUUCUUUGCAGCUGGUUCAAACAUGCGUAUGUCCUACAAAAAGAAGGUUUUCUACAUCGGCUUAUUUAUUAUUAUAUUGAUAAUAUUCAUGCAUCCGGAUAUGCAAGGAGUGCGGUCAUACGAGUUUAUAGCAAAGGAAAAAAUUAUAAGCAGCCUUCACGAAGAGUUGGCGACCAAUUUUACUAGUUCGGCUAUUUCUAAUUGUGAAUAUUACGCAAACGUAUACGAUGAGACAGUUCUUUCGCCGACCUUAGUGGACGGAGAUCUGGUGGAGAGCCACAAGAUUAAAGAAGGAGGGGAAUACGCUCCCGUGGAGUGCAAACCUAAGUACAGUACGGCUAUUAUUGUGCCAUACAGGGAUAGAGCAGAACAAUUAAGAGGUUUUCUUGUCUACAUGCACACGUUUCUGCAUUACCAGCGUAUUCACUACCGUAUCUAUGUGGUUGAGCAAAUUGAUACGAAACCGUUCAACCGGGCUAAACUCCUAAAUAUUGGGGCUAAGGCAGCAAUAAAAGCCGGAUUCCCAUGUCUUAUUCUACAUGACGUAGACUUGUUGCCGUUAAGACCGGCAAACUUAUAUAUGUGCACAAAACAACCGAGACAUAUGUCGUCAAGUAUUAAUAAAUUUAGAUUCGUCUUACCGUACGUGAACUUAUUUGGAGGCGUAGUGGCGAUACUAUCAAAGCAAUUUCAAACUAUAAAUGGUAUGAGCAAUGAGUACUUUGGGUGGGGAGGAGAGGAUGAUGACCUGUUCAUGAGGUUGGAGGACCACGACCUCAAGCUGUGUAGGUUUGACCCGGAGAUCAGCAAGUACCACAUGUCUAUUCACAGCUCGCAACAGAAAGGUGAAGAGAUCAAAAAGCUCCUCAGCAGUGCAAAAGAAAGGAUGUCCACAGACGGACUAAAUUCACUAAAAUAUGCAGAAGUUGCCACAGUUAUGCACCCCCUAUUCACACAUAUCAUGGUCGACUUGGAACAAAAAUGAUAAAUUAAGUCGUAUAAUGGCCCCGAUUCCCGCAUAAACCUAAUUUUAUUUUAAAUUAUACCUGUCAUUUUCUUAUCCGCCGAAAAGGAAAGGGACGGAUGAUUGACAACUGUUAAUUUUAAAACAAAUGCACCACCCGGGCGAAUAAAAUAUGCUCUCGCUUAUAUGCAACCCGUUUCACGUGUGCUGUCAACUUAAUUCUGUCGGGUUAUUGGCCAUUAUA